AGAUCACUGCAUGGUCUAUGAGAGCAAAGAGCUAAAGGGAGUACCGUAGUUAUAAAAGACUAGAUUUUGAUUGUGAUCGUGAUGGCAUGUGUAAAAAGAUCUAAUCGGAAAAAUAUAAUCAAACAUAGAGAUAGACAAUAGAGGCUCGCCAAGUGUUUGACAAGCAGGAGUUAAUUGCAACUGCAGUAAAGUUUAUUCACAUAUAGAACGGGAAAUAAGCGUGGCUAAACAACAUAGUAAGAGAAAAAUGAGCAGUUCUGAGGAAGUUUCAUGGAUAUCUUGGUUCUGUGGUCUUCGAGGAAAUGAAUUUUUUUGUGAGGUUGAUGAAGAUUAUAUACAAGACAAAUUCAACUUGACAGGUUUAAGUGAACAAGUUCCACAUUAUAGACAAGCCUUGGAUAUGAUCCUGGAUUUGGAGCCAGAUGAGGAACUUGAAGACAACCCAAAUCAAUCUGAUUUAAUCGAACAAGCUGCAGAGAUGUUAUAUGGUUUGAUUCAUGCUCGUUAUAUCCUGACAAACCAUGGAAUUGCACAGAUGAUUGAGAAAUACCAGGCUUGUGAUUUCGGAGUUUGCCCAAGAGUUUACUGUGAUUCUGAAAACAUGCUUCCUAUUGGGCUAUCAGAUGUACCUGGCGAGGCUAUGGUGAAAUCAUAUUGUCCCAAGUGUAUGGACAUUUACACGCCUAAGUCGUCAAGGUUCCACCAUUCAGAUGGAGCUUACUUCGGCACAGGAUUUCCUCACAUGUUGUUUAUGGUUCAUCCAGAAUACAGACCUAAACGUCCCGCCAACCAGUUUGUUCCAAGGUUAUAUGGGUUUAAAAUCCAUCCUUUGGCCUAUCAAAUUCAACAGCAAGCAGCAGCCAACUUCAAGGCUCCACUCCGUGCUCUAAACUAUGGCAACAGUACUAAGCGUUGACCUAUGAACAUCAAUAGACAGUAGGUUUACUGUGUUUCUUACUGUUGGAAGUGUCUAGAUGAAGUGUAAGACAAAAAUAACAAAUGUUGACAUCGUUAAGGUUUAUGUUGUUAUCUACACUCUGAUAAUGGACACAGAUGAUAUUUGAGUUGUGGUCAUUAUAAGAUAGCUGCUUAUAUUUUAUAAUAAAUCCUGUAUCACAGACUAAACUAUUGAUUUAUUCAACAGUUACAGCUGUUAGCUAAAAACAACAUUAACUGUGUUUUAGUAUGGUAAAAAUAAAUGUAUUCAGUAUUGGA